UCAAUAAAUAAACUUCACAAAAGGUAGCGAUCAGUACAGUAGCACAAAACGAAUUGCAAUUUUCCAUUAUUCUUCACUUGCACAAGCACAGCCCCUGCGCUAUUAGGGCUUCCACCGCUGCCGCAAUUCGCCGCUAAAUUCCACCGCCGCAAGCCCUUUUGUAGAAGCGGAAGCCGAAAGUGAAGAAACAACAAUGAAUGCCCCUGAUCGUUACGAGAGAUUCGUCGUUCCCGAGGGUGUCUCCAAGGUGUCGUACGAGAGGGACACAAAGAUCAUCAAUGCAGCCUCGUUCACAGUCGAGCGUGAGGACCACACCAUAGGCAACAUUGUCCGAAUGCAAUUGCAUAGGGAUGAGAACGUGUUGUUUGCUGGCUAUAAGUUGCCCCAUCCUCUUCAGUACAAGAUACUUUUAAGGAUACACACUACAAGCCAGUCGUCGCCCAUGCAGGCAUAUAAUCAAGCAAUCAAUGAUCUGGACAAGGAAUUGGAUCACCUGAAGAAUGAAUUUGAGGUGGCGUUGGCAAGGCACACUGGAAAGCAGCAAACUCAGGACUAUUAAGCUGCACAAUUGUGUGAUAGGUUAUCGGUACACUUUUUAAUCGUAAAAUGUAGAGUUGUUGGAAGAUCUGUACUUGUUUAUUCCAUUUUCGAAUCGAGAAUAUCUGCCAAGGCAUGUGUUGUUAGCGAAUUGCGAUUAGGGUUUAUGCAAACUUUUGAAACCAGUAUGAUGGUAUUAAUGUGGCUUUUGUAGUUCUAUUGCAUCUUUUUUAGG